AUGCAUCGUGCUAGGGAACGUGUAAUGAAUAUUGCUUUUGAAGAUAACGACGACGAAGAUAACGAAGAUGAGUUUAUCAUCUUCGCAAUCCGUCGUCCUAGAUGGAUUCGAGAAAGAGCUGAAGACUUCGACACUAUGGACGACACCGAUUUUGUUACCAGGUACAGAUUAAGCAAGCCAACAGUUCUGUCGAUGCUGGAGAAAAUAGAGGAUGCACUCGAAUUUGAAACUGAUAGGAAUAACUGUAUUUCUCCAAUAAAUCAGUUACUAUGUACUCUUCGCUAUUAUGCAACUGGGUGCUUCCAAACCACUGGGGGGGAUCUCUGUGGCUUUAGUUCCUCAACGAUGAAUAGAAUAGUACACAAGGUUAGCUGUGCUAUUGCGCUUCUACGUAGUCAGUACAUUCAUUUUCCUGAUAACCCAGAGGAAAUUAGACGGACACAGUUGGAAUUUUACCGAAGAGCCAAGUUCCCGAGAGUUGUUGGUGCCAUUGACUGCACUCAUAUUAAAUUAUGGCAAUCACCAGGUGGAGAUACUGCAGAGCGUUUUAGGAAUAGAAAAGGGUACUAUUCAUUGAAUGUCCAGGCAAUAUGUAAUGCAAAUCUGGAGGUUAUGGAUGUAGUUGCAAGGUAUGAUGGAAGCACUCAUGACUCAAGAAUUUUUCGAGAAAGUAAAAGAAGAGCUUUGUUCGAGCAAGGAGUGUAUGGAGAUGCACUAUUAGUAGGAGAUAGUGGCUACGCCUGCACUAGUUACAUGAUGACACCACUCCACGAAUGCCAUACACCAGCCGAACAAUUGUACAAUGAGUCGCAAAUCCGGACGAGGAAUCCCAUAGAAAGAUUCUUUGGUGUUUGGAAACGACGUUUUCCCGUCAUGGCUUUGGGGCUAAGAGUGAAACUUAAACGUGUUUUUCCUAUUAUCACUGCAACAUUAGUUUUAAAUAACAUUGCCCGUAGAGCAGGAGAGGAAGUCCCUAGAGGACUUGAAAUUAUACUACCUGCUCCUUGGGAAGAAAUACUUGCCCAGGACGACAUCCCAAAUGAAUAUAUGGACAUACCAAACCCCACACAGCGUAGGUUAACACACCAAAAUCGUGAACGGCAGGUGUUAAUUGACAGUCAUUUUGAGAGAUUGGCUGCACAGGAUCAACAAUAA